CGUCCCGGGCGGCCGGGCUGACUGUGCCGUCAGUGUAGCGGAGGCAGCAGCUGCUCUGCGAUGCCUUUGCCUUGUCAGUCACUUUAAAACCCCCCCAGCCGGAGUGUCACCUCCUCUCCAGUUAAAGGGAGCGGGGAGGGGAUGCUCAUUGCCACGGGGGAGAAAAAAAAGAAACAAAAUUUGCAACAAGUUAAACACAGCCAGGCAGGAUCGGAAUAAGGAAACCUGAAAAAUAACCUCUUUAAAACAGUGGGUUUUUUUUUCAUUUAGAAAAAACUGCUUAUGAAAUGCGUUGGAAGGAUUACGGACUUGAGGGGAACAAGAGGCUGAAAGGGACGAAGCUGCUUUUCCGAAGCUCGGUGCAUGCAGAGAGGAGUGGAGAACGAGGACAAAGUACUGCCGCUGUAGAGGACAGAGAUCAGCUGGUUGCAUCGACUUGAAUGUGGUUCAGUUAAAAUUUGCAAGCUACAGCCUGUUACCAAGUAGAAACAUUGUGUGUAUCUUAAUAUGGGGAGAAGAAAUCCCCUACGUACAUGUUUAAUGACGAGGAGGUCAAAGUGAAAAUUUGAUAGGAAGAUGUUUGCACCGAUCAGCCUGCGUUGCAGCUUUCUCCUGCUGGCCGCCAGAUGCUCGCUGUGUGCCCUUGCUCAGGAUGCAAAUAGCAGUACUGUAAAUGCCACAGAGCAGAUGGCUGGAUGGGUGCCUUUCAUCACAUCUCGACUGGACCACAUCAUUGUGAAAGAGGGGGGCAGCGUAACGAUGAACUGCAAUGUCAGUGGCAACCCUGUGCCGCAGAUUCUAUGGUACAACUCCAAUGGCCGCUUACUGCACCAGGAAAGUGAAAAUUGUUGGAUUACGGACAGUGGACUGCUAAACAUCACCACAGUUUCGUUUGGUGACCGAGGCAAGUAUACAUGUGUUGCCUCAAACCUCUAUGGCAGUGUCAAUUACACGGUGACUCUGAGAGUCAUUUUCACCUCGGGGGAUAUGGGCGUUUACUAUAUGAUUGUUUGCCUUGUCGCGUUCACCAUUGUGAUGAUCCUGAACAUCACCCGUCUGUGCAUGAUGAGCAGCCACCUCAAGAAGACGGAGAAAGCCAUCAAUGAGUUCUUCAGGACAGAGGGAGCGGAGAAACUGCAAAAGGCCUUUGAGAUCGCUAAGCGUAUCCCGAUUAUCACCUCCGCCAAAACACUGGAACUGGCUAAAGUCACCCAGUUUAAGACAAUGGAAUUUGCCCGGUACAUUGAGGAGCUUGCCAGAAGUGUUCCCCUUCCCCCUCUCAUCAUGAACUGCAAGAUGUUUGUGGAGGAGAUAAUGGAAGUUGUGGGCAUGGAGGAACCAAGCCAUAUCUAUGUAGGGGCUGGGCCAGCGAGUCAGGACGCCCGAGAUGAAGUGUACACUAUACCAAAUUCUUUAAAGCGUAGUAAUUCUUCAGCAGGGGACUCGGAUGAGUCGUCUUUGCACGAGCAGCCCCAGCACAUUGCAAUUAAGGUAUCGGUGCAUCCCCUGAGUAGUGAGGAGAACCUUGAGAGUCAGUGCCAACAGGAUAGCGGGUGCCAACCGGAGCAAGAGGACAAGGAGGUGGAGGCAGAGCAAGCAGUGAUUGAAAACAGCUCUCAGGCCUGUCAGGUUGGGCCGACGGUGAUGGAAGAUGCCAGCAAGGUUGUGCCAGCGGUGACUGAAAAGGCCAACCUUGUCACGGCAGUCUUGGUGGAAAACAGCACCUUUGCUACACCAGCAGUGGUUGGGAGAACCCCCCGAGUUAUUUAUGAGAGCCAUGUGUAACUGGCACAAAACUCGGCGCACUCCUCAUAUCUUUCAAACUUGGGGCUACCACAUGAUGUGAUCUUAAUAAUAAAAGCCUUAGCCAGAAGAGGAUCAUUGCAGAAGAGAAGCAAAUGUAAUAAUGCAUGAAUUUUGUUUAAAUUCUGUUGCAUUCGGUUUACUCUGGUUUAUCACUGACAUCAUAUUUAGGUAGUUGACAUGUUUGGGAAAAAAAACUACUUCAAAGUUUUUCUUAAACAGCAAGUAAACUUCCUCUUCAAUAUCCUUCUCAGAGAGACACUUGUAGGUAGAUGUCACUAGCAAUUGAACUAUUUAUUCUGGCAAUUUUAGCUCAGUACCCCACUUUCAGUUGGGCAGGUACGUUAUUAAUUGUCACACACAUGCUUCAAGUGGAAAGUAGGCGGGCUGGUAGAAAUUCUGUAAUCUUCGGAGUACAUUUCCAAACAAUAAAUAUUCACGCACAAGAAUGUUAUUUCUGUGAUUGAAAAAGGCAGAAGGGGAAAAAAAUAAUUCAGAGAAUACUGGAAAGGUACAGUAAAUCAGUCAGAAAGACAGGUUAAUGUUUUAGAUGGCGAUCGCUUUUCAGAACAAGACAGGCGAGAACUCCUUUAUAUGGCAAAAUAAAGAAAAAGCUUGCAUUUAUAUAGCACCUUUCACCACCUCAGGAACAAAAUACCUUUUGGAGAGUGGCUACAAUCUAAUUUAGCAGCUUUGAUUCAGAGGUAAGUAUUAACCCAGGAGAAUUCCUAUGCUCUUACUGCAAGAGAUUACCCUGGGAUUUUUUACAUCCACUUGACAGGGCAGGAGAGGUCUUAGUUUAACACCUCAUUCUGAGGAUAGUACAGCACUCCCCAAGUACUAGACUGGACUUCCAGCAUAGAGUUUGGUACUAGAGUCAGACUUGAGCCCACAACCUUCUGGCUCAGGAGGAAGAGUGCUACCCACUGAGCCACAGCUUACACACCAGAAGGUAAGCAAAAAAAAGAAAGGGAAAGUCUUUUUCUUGCCUUCCUUCUUUGUAUUCUGUUGGGUAUGGUGGUGCAGUGGUUAUGUUACUGGAUUAGACCUGGGCCAGUAUUACAGUAAAUCAGAGCCAGUGGGCAUGGAUGAAGUGUGGGCUGGUGCUUGAGGCGGGGACCUCCUAUUGGUACACGGUUUGGCGGAGAGGUCUGCACCACUGGGGCUGACCCACCUUCCUCUCAAACAUUCCCUGGACAUCGGAUCUUUCUCCUCAUUGCCUGAUUUUCCAUGCUUCUCUCCUCCCUCUAAUGUUCCUCUGUUAUUUACCCCUCCCCAGAACUCAGUUUGUUUACUCGUCUCAUUAUCACACCCUUUUGCCCUGCGUCCCUUUUUACUCAUUUGAUCACUCCUGCCUUCCACCCUAUUACAGACCUUCCCUCGUGUUCUUCCGCUUCAUGCCUUUUCCCUGCAUUUGAUUAAAGUCUGUUCAUGCCUAACAUUUGCCAGCUGUGAUGAAAGGUUAUCAAAAGGAAACAUUGACUCUGUUUCUCUCUUCACGGCUGCUGCCUUACUGGCUGAGUGUUUUCUGGUUUUGUUGCCAGUUUGCCAAUUUCAUAAUAGGGCUGAAAUUCUGCUGUGUAAUCUUAGUAAUGAAUAUCUAUUAAAGAGAAUGAUGGCCUAUAACCUGAAAAA